AUGCCUUUCACGCCCGAUACCGAGCUCGAGCUGCUCUUCCCCGCGGAUCGCAUCCCGCAGUCCGUCAAGGACGCUCUCCCCAGCGACCUCCACAUGCGCCCACUAGCCUCGACAGACUUCCACCGCGGCCACCUCGACGUCCUCAGCGUCCUCACCAUAGUCGGCUCCCCCGCCGAAGCCGCCUACCGCUCGCAAUUCGCCUUCCUCAAGUCCACGCCGCACACGUACUACACCCUCGUCAUCGUCGACAAGAGCGCCGACCGCGUCGUCGGCGUCGGCAGCGUGUUCAUGGAGCACAAGUUCCUGCGCUCCCUCGGCACCGUCGGGCACAUCGAGGACAUUGCCGUGGAUAAGAGCCAGCAGGGGAAGAAAUUGGGCCUGAGGAUUAUCGAGGCGCUUACGCUUAUUAGCGAGGCGCAUGGCGCGUACAAGACGAUUUUGAACUGCUCGGACGCGAACGUGCCGUUCUAUGAGAAGUGCGGGUACGCAAGGAAGGAGAACGAGAUGGCCAAGUACGCGCCCGAACAGCGCGCUCAUACACCGCUGCUCUGA